GGACAGGUAUUGAUCAACUUGAUAUCUAAUUCUCUCAAGUUCACUUUUGGUGGAUUAAUUUCAAUAAUGGUCGACUUCACCAGAGAACUUGAUGGCUCUCAGCUGCUUGAGUUUAGAGUCAAAGACACUGGCUCUGGAAUCAAACAAGAAGACCAAAGUAAAUUUUUCAAACUCUUUGGAAUGCUCGAAGAUACAAAUAAAGUCAACCCCAAUAGAUGUGGACUUGGGCUCACAGUCAGUAAGAAAUAUAUAGAAUUACUUGGAGGAUCUAUCACUGUUGACUCAGUUUAUGGAGAAGGCACAGAAAUGUUCUUCACCAUUGCAUCUAGAGAAAUCAAGCAAACUCAAGAAAACAAUCAGCUACAUCUUCUAAAUAUGUCUCAGGCUGAUCUAAGAGCGGCACCAAUCCUGCACUACUCUGACUACAGAGUCAACGAUGAGCAUUCCAUUGGGGAGGAUACAAUCAAUAAAUGCAAUUUGUUCACAAAUAAUGAGUCAAAGUUUUAA